CAGGGGGCCCAAGUGAUGAGGCAGAGGACAGUACACAGUGAUGAUGGCACACUUCUACCUGAAGAGGAAGAUUGGAUAUUUUGUCAUCCAGACAUAUAUGCCCUGUUUCAUGACUGUAAUACUGUCCCAAGUGUCGUUCUGGCUAAACAGAGAGUCAGUGCCUGCAAGGACUGUCUUUGGGGUGACCACGGUGCUGACCAUGACCACGCUCAGCAUCAGCGCCAGGAACUCCCUCCCCAAGGUGGCCUAUGCUACAGCCAUGGACUGGUUCAUCGCUGUCUGCUAUGCCUUUGUGUUUUCCGCGCUCAUCGAGUUCGCCACGGUGAACUAUUUCACCAAGAGGAGCUGGGCGUGGGACGGCAAGAAGGCCCUCGAAGCACAGCACCCCAAGAAGCGGGACCCUAUGGUGCUAUCGAAGAAACCCAACAAUGUUUGCUCGGCGGGAGUCAACUACACCCCGAAUCUUACCAAGGACGUGUCCAUCUCGACCAUCUCCAACACCACGUCGGUGCAGCUCCGAGCCUCCGAGGCCAAGAUCCUGGACCCCAAGAAGACCUACAACAGCGUCAGUAAGAUCGACAAGAUGUCCCGGAUAGUGUUCCCCGUGCUCUUCGGGACCUUCAACCUUGUCUACUGGGCCACAUACCUCAACAGAGAACCGGUGGUCAAAAGAGUUGUCACCCCCAUGUAAUCUCCCC